AUGGCCUUCCCUUUCGAGACCGCUCUCCACCCUCCUCCGGGGACUGCUCCGCCCAGCCCCGCCAAAGUGCUCCGCGGAGCAGCUCGUGCCGCCCCUUCUCGAUCCGGACACUACCCUAUGCGAUGCGCCCUUCCCUGCAGAGAGGAGAAGGAGGAGGAGGAGGAGGAGGAGGAUGAUGAUGAAAGAUGA